CCUUGCGAAGAUGCCUAAGAUUGGUGGUUUGCUAUGUCCCAUUGGUGUGAUCAUCGUAGCAAACAUCGUCAUCUUUACCAUGGUUGUCAUCAGACUCGGGCGAACCAUACGGACAACAUCACCCAAAAGGGAAAGUAUCAUCAUGCGUGUCAAAGAAGGUCGGCAACGAUUGCAGAAAGCCAUCUGUAUUUUCCUUCUCCUAGGACUCACCUGGUCAUCGGGGUAUCUUCUCCUCAUCGGCACCGACUUCAAUCAGAUCUUCCAGAUCAUCUUCAUCGCCUUAAACUCCUUCCAGGGAUUCUUUAUCUUCGUCAUCUAUUGUCUUCGACAGCGCGUCGUACGGGCCGAGCUGAGCAGGAUGUGUGGUUGUGGAGAAUCCAAGAAACGACGAAGUAUCUCGCUCUCCAGUGCCAGUCAACGGGAAGAGACGGUGAAGACCCGUCAUACUGAGAUGCAGUCGACGACCGUCGGUCCAUCCUAUCAGGGCAUCGAGCUCGAAAUAUCAGAUGCUGAAGAUGCUGUAAGUCAGCCGAAUGGAGGAACCAGUAGGGAAGCAGGGGAUUGUACAGAACUGGAGCCUGGUCGACCUGAUAGGGAAAGGGGAACACGAAAGAGCUCUGCACAUCCAGUCAGGCAAAGGAAAAGUUGGUUAAGCUAUGCCGAGAUACGACAGCAUUUGGAGGUGGUGCUGUCCAGGCAUGCCAGAGGGAGGAGAAGUCGCAAACGGAAAGAGGACCUUUCUUCAGAGUGUUGGGCUGCUGGUAAGCAGGACAAGAAUAUGUCUCUUGAGUCACGAGAGUAAACAUAAUGAUAUAUAUAUCGCUUUGAAAUAACUCCAAUAUCAGAUAUAAUUUGUACUUGAAAAUAUGUGGUUAAGGAAAUGUAAAAAAAUGCAAGCAUAAUAAUUUCCAUCCAUCAAGCCAUAUGGUAACGUGAGAGACAAGUUAUUAAGUAAUCAUGGUAAUAAAGGCGUGGAUUACCAUGAUUACAGAGCAAGUCAAGCAACGGCCAAAUGUUAUUAAAAUCAAUCUGAUUAUGGGCAACGCAAUUCAGGUUAUAUAUUUUAGUAAUAGAAAGAAUAUCUUUUUAUAGAUUCAAAGAUAUCAACAAAGACGGGUUGAAGAAUUAAUAAUAUCAUCUUGAUUUUCGCCAUCAUUUUGCGUAUUUUUUUAUGGGAGCCAAAUUUGAUGAAAGGUAUAUAAAAAUAUGUAUUUCAUUAAUGUUUGUAUUUAUUUUCAUUAUGUUUAUUGAACUUUGGCCAUGAAUAAGCUGUUUUUUAUGAUGAAAUUUGUAUCUCAACUGGGGGUGGGGGUGACCUCCAUCUGCGGCCCGUCGUAUAAAGAGUUGCGAUUGAUCAAAUCAAUCGCAGCUACGGAAAGCCAGCAAAGUCAACAUAUAAAAUACACGUUUUAAAAAAAAUUAUAGAUAUGAAUGUAUAUCCAUAAGUUCAUUGAUUUCUCGACAAUUUGGUGUGUUCUCCUUUGUAUAAAAAGGACACUACAAAUUUCCUGUAUAAAAAAUAAGACUCUGAUGGAUUUCCCUAGAGUUACGAUUGAUUGGAUCAAUCGUAACUCUUUGUAAGACGGGGUCCAUGUCUACUCUUCGUUAUAAGGGGGGGGGGAGAUGGAGCAGACUUCACGUUUAUUGGGAUAUACGAUCAAAAACUAUUUUAUAUGCAUGCAAAGAAGCAUAGCCAUGUUAGCGGUCAAGUGAUAAAAUUUUAUAUUCAAGAGAAACCUGGCAAUAAUGAAAUAACAGACGACAGGCAUUGAUAAUCGGAUUCGGAUAUUGUCCAAAUAAAAUGUAGCGAUCGAGCCCUUGCAGUUUCUUAUUAUAAUGCGGUCAUAACCCCAAAACUUUAAUGUGGUCAAAAACAUUUUAUAUUCAUGACUUUACCUUUCUUAUGUUCUUUUCGCUGAAUUUAACCUGCUGCCACAACUACCCCCUUAUUAAAUUUGCAAUUUGGAUCAAAUGAUCGAUGUGUACUGAAUUUAUGCUUUUUAUAAACAACGAGUUCGAGCAUUUAGUGAGUCGAAUUGGAAUUGUACAUGGACAUUUGUUUUGGGUGGGCCGGAAAUGACAUUCACACACGCUGAAGAUCUUGCAUCACUUCUUAAAAUGCAAAGGUAUUGUAACAUAUACGGAUUAAAAUGCAUUAAACUUGGAAUUAUAUAUGAAAAACCAUUA